AUGGCUGGGAAGCUGAACAAAUUCGAAACCCCCAGCUCCGCGAGCUCUGAUAGCGACACGGAGCUGGCUCUCGAGUUGAGCGAACAAGUGUUCCUGGAUGAUGACGAGUACUCGACGCGGGCACCCGCCUCACCCACCACCGUGCCCAACGUGCGCCCUUACAGACCUCCUUCCACAGGCAUCUGCGGCGCCAGCGCAUCCGGGAAAACUACAGUCGCGGCCAAAAUCAUAGAAUCUCUGAACAUACCUUGGGUCACUAUAGUCAGCAUGGAUUCAUUUUAUAAGGUGUUGAAUGAGAAGCAGCACCAAGCGGCUAUGCGUAAUGAAUACAAUUUCGAUCAUCCGGACGCCUUCGACAUGGAGCUCCUCAUCUCGAUGCUGCAGAGGCUCAAAGAAGGAAAGAAAGUCGAAGUGCCCAUUUAUAACUACGUCACGCAUAGCAGGGAGAAUCGCACUAAAACUAUGUACGGCGCGAACGUGAUAAUAUUCGAGGGCAUUCUGGCAUUCUACAACGCUGAAGUGGUGAAGAUGCUGGACAUGAAGGUGUUUGUGGACACCGACGCGGACAUACGGCUUGCCAGGCGGCUCAGGAGGGACAUAGUCCAGCGCGGCCGCGACCUGGAGGGCGUGCUGAAGCAGUACAUGUCGCACGUGAAGCCCGCUUACCAGAGCUACAUCGCGCCGUGCAUGGCGCACGCCGACAUCAUCGUGCCGCGCGGGGGCGAGAACAAGGUGGCCAUCCACCUCAUCGUGCAGCACGUGCACAAGCAGCUGCAGCUGCGCGGGUUCAAAGUACGCGAGAAACUGGCCGUGGCGCACGUGGGGCAGCCCGUGCCUGACUCCUUGUUCGUGCUGAAGGACACGCCCCAGGUACAAGGACUGCAUACGUUCAUCCGCAACAAAGACACGCCCCGCGAUGAGUUCAUCUUCUACUCCAAACGCCUCAUGCGGCUGGUCAUCGAGUUCGCAAUGUCGCUGCUGCCUUACUCCAGCCACAGCGUCGAUACGCCUCAGGGAUUUACCUACAAAGGACGCAAAUGUGAUGUGGAGAAAGUCUGCGGUGUAUCAAUCCUCCGAGCUGGGGAGACGAUGGAGCAAGCCGUUUGCGAUGUCUGCAAAGACAUACGCAUCGGGAAGAUCCUCAUUCAGACCAACCAACAGACUGACGAGCCCGAGCUGUACUACCUGCGCCUACCCAAAGACAUCAAGGACUACCGCGUGAUCCUAAUGGACGCCACGGUGGCCACGGGCGCCGCGGCCAUGAUGGCCAUCCGCGUGCUACUGGACCACGACGUGCCGGAGCAGAACAUCAGCCUCGUGUCGCUGCUCAUGGCCGAGAUCGGCGUACACUCCAUCGCCUACGCCUUCCCCCAGGUGAAAAUAGUGACGUCAGCACUGGACCCCGAAAUCAACGAGAAAUUCUACGUCCUACCGGGUAUCGGCAACUUCGGCGAUCGCUACUUCGGCACAGAACCCGACGAAUGAGACAAAAUAUACGGCAAACGGUAGGUGCGAGGGAGACAGAUUAUGUUUGUCGGUACCGCUUCAACGCGCUAAUGUACGUAGUAACUACGUUAUCUAUAACUGUUGCUUUCACGUAACGAACCUCUGUUUUAGUAAAAACUGUGCGCUCGUAAGUUCAGAGAGAGAUCUGGAUCGAUCGUGCGCAAUUACGCGCAUUUAACUUCCAAAUUAUUCUUUACACUUUUGUCCGUAGUCGAAUGGAGUAUAGUUAUAUGAGAGAAGGAAAAGUAAUGUUUCUUUUUCUUUUGUAUAUCAUUCUUUCAUUUGUGACUGUAUGUGUUUGUGGUAGAAACGUGAGCUGUUGGUUUACCACUUUUCUCUCUUUAUGUUUAGUAAACUUAGUCGUUGCAAUUAAAUGUAUUGUUUUUGAGUCAUGUUCUAGAUUAAAUAAGAUUCAAAUCGUAGCUUAACGUAUGAAGGUCAAUUGUCUCUGUCUACACAAGUAGGCGACAGGUAUGACGGUAUAUUAAAAACGCAAUGCCCCAAUUUAUUAGUUCCUUACUGUACCUACUCAUUGUAUGAAUCAUACAGGAAGUUAUACAACGUGGACUAGAUCCACAUUAAUAUACAUAGACAUUUUUAAAGGAAAGCACAAAAUGUUGAAUUAGGAUAACUUUCAUAUAAACCACGGACCGUUUAUACGUUUAAUCGAAAUUAAAGGACUAUUGGAGUCUUUCUUUUUUCAAAUUAUUAAUUUCAAAUGAUUAAUUUGAAAAAAGAAUGACUUAAAUCGAAAUUAAAAGACUAUUG